GGCGAGGCCACACACAUCCCAUUCCCCUCUUCUCAUCCCAUUCCCAUAUCCCAUAGAGAGAAAAGCAGAGCAAGCUGAGCUCACACGCAAGCCGAAAGAUGAUGCGGAGCCCAAGGGGCGUCGGCGGCGGCUGCUACCGCGGCGCCGGCGGCCAAGACCAGCACGUCGACCUGAUCCCGGGUAUCCCCGACGACGUGGCCGUGGACUGCCUGGCGCGCGUCCCGCACGCCUCCCACCGCGCCAUGCGCGGGGUCUGCCGUGGCUGGCGGAGCGCCGCUUCCACCCCGGCCUUCGCCUCCGCCCGCGCGCAGGCGGACGCCAACGAGGACCUCGUCUACCUCAUGCAGUUCGGCAACCCGUCCGCCGCCGCUGACGACGCCGAACCCAAGGGCGACGACGGUCCCGCCAACACCCCGGCCUACGGCGUCGCGGUCUACAACGUGACGACCGGCGAGUGGCGCCGUGACCGCGGCGCCCCGCCUGUGGUGCCCGUCUUCGCGCAGUGCGCCGCGGUGGGGACGCGCCUGGCCGUGCUCGGCGGCUGGGACCCGCGCACCUUCGAGCCCGUGGCCGACGUCCACGUCCUGGACGCCGCGACGGGGCGGUGGCGUCGAGGCGCGCCGAUGCGGUCGGCGCGGUCCUUCUUCGCGUGCGCCGAGGCCGGCGGCAAGAUCUACGUGGCCGGCGGGCACGACAAGCACAAGAACGCGCUCAAGACGGCGGAGGCCUACGACCCCCGCGCCGACGCGUGGGACCCGCUCCCGGACAUGUCGGAGGAGCGCGACGAGUGCGACGGCAUGGCCACGGUCGCGGGGGACCGGUUCCUGGCCGUCAGCGGGUACCGCACGGCGCGGCAGGGCGGGUUCGAGCGCGACGCCGAGUGGUUCGACCCGGCCGCGCGCGCCUGGCGGAGGCUGGAGCGCGUCCGGGCGCCGCCCUCCGCCGCGCACGUGGUCGUCAAAGGACGCGUCUGGUGCAUCGAGGGCAACGCCGUCAUGGAGUGGAUGGGGACCCGCCGCGGGUGGCGCGAGGUCGGGCCGUACCCGCCGGGGCUCAAGGCUGGCACGGCGCGCGCGGUGUGCGUCGGCGGCGGGGAGAAGGUGGUUGUGACGGGCGCGCUUGAUGGCGAGGGCGGUGGUGGGCGGCACGCACUGUGGGUGUUCGACGUCAAGACCAAGAGCUGGACUGUUGUGCGCCCGCCGUCCGAGUUCGCCGGCUUCGUCUUCUCCGUCGCCUCCGUCCGGAUCUGACUGAGCAUCUGCAUCUUGCUUCGCACCGUUCGUCCGCCCACGGCUAUCAGACGUGAAGGAAAGGAAAAGUCUACUAGUACAAGUAGUAUACUAGUACAUGGCUACAUGCAUGUACGCCAACUUGUCUGUCAAAAAACAAAAAACAAAAAAACACGAAAUGCUGCUGCCUUGUAGAA